GUAAGAGACACAUAUUGAAAUUCAUAUUUUAAUGAAAAGGAAAAGAAAAACAUGUUUGUUAUCUGCCAUAUACAGGUUUGGUUCCUCAAACCAAUACUCUUCUAAUAGUAUUGAAUAUUAAACAAACAAAAUACGAGGGGGAAAACUGGAUGUAGAACCGAGGGGGAGACCGGAUACGUCAUUGUAUGUUCGGGUCACCUCUUGGAAAGCCAACCAAUCACUGGACGAGAGGGGCGGAACAAAAUGACAUAAACAGGUUUCAUAAGUGGUGGAUACGCUGCAGAUGUACGGAUAAAUGUCUGGUUCUUUGGGAUGUGUUGCCUUGUGAGUUUUGAGAACUAUCUAUUAAUCAGCAAAUGACGGAGUAAAAGGGAUCCGUGUGUGUGUCUGCGUCAACCCGGAGAAUGAAGGGCUUGUUCCUGAUCGAGCCGCUGGUGGCCCUCUAUUCCUUUGCCAGUUUCCUGGUCCUACCGCUGGUUCAGCAGUACGUGUACAGGAGACUGUGGCAGGAGCUGACCAACACGACCUACCCAGUGUCAGCCAACGCCUCACGCUGUGGUCCAUCCAAUACCAGCAGCCAUCAUGAGGACGUCCAGAAGGCAGCGUCUCUUUUCUCUCUGUAUUCCGAGCUCUUCUCCAUGAUCCCUUCUGUCGCCGUCACCCUCAUCCUCGUCUCCUAUAGCGACCAGCGCGGACGCAAGAUCACCAUCGUCCUGCCUCUGAUUGGCUCUCUGGUCUAUGCACUUUCCUUCCUGGCCGUGUCUUUCUUCGAGCUUAACGUGUACCUCCUCAUCGUCUCCUCCUUCGUCAGUGCCCUGUUCGGGGGCUUAGGGACGUUCCUGGGCGGCUGUUUCUCCUAUGUCGCCGACCUGUGUGAGGACGGACAGCAGAAGACGCUGCGCAUGGCGGGUGUGGACAUGGUGAUUGGCCUGCUGUCUGGGUUGGCCUCUAUCUCCACUGGCUAUUUCCUACAGGCGGCGGGUUUCAACUGGCCCCUCUUCACCGUCGCUAUACUGCAUUGUGUCAACCUGCUCUAUGCCGUGUUUGUCCUGGAGGAGUCCCUAAAACCAGCCCCGGACGACCCCCUGGGAAGCUCCCCGCUCCGGAACGCCGUACAUCACAUGGCCUGCGGGGUCUACCAGCUGUUUGCGAAGGCCAGCAGGAGGCGCAACAUCCUCCUGGUGCUCCUCCUGCUACUCUUCAUCUCCUUUGCGUUCGCCAACAUCGGUGGCCUCUCUUUGAUUACGUUGUACGAGCUCAAUCAACCUCUGUGCUGGAACGAGAUCCUGAUUGGCUACGGCUCGGCCCUGUCCACUACGGUGUUCCUGACCAGCUUCGUGGGCGUGAUGGCGUUCUCUCGGUGUGGCGUGCCCAACCUUGCCAUCAUCCUCAUCGGAAUACUGAGCGUCAUGAUCGCAAUGACCCUGGUGUCCUUCGCCAAGACCACGCUUGUUAUGUUCCUGGUCAGGCUUCCGAUGCUGUUCGCCAUCAUGCCUUUCCCAGUGCUGAGAUCCAUGAUGUCCCAGGUUGUGUCCAAGACCGAACAGGGAGCGCUGUUUGCUUGCGUGGCGUGCCUGGACACCAUUAGCAACGGUGUGGCCAGCAUUGUGUUCAGCAGUCUCUACGCUGUCACAGUGGCCUGGUUCCCGGGAUUCUGCUUCCUGUUAUCUGCAGGACUCUGUGUCAUCCCCUUGGCCCUGCUGGUGGGUGUGGGGCUCCUAGAGGUGAAUGAAGAUAAAGAGCCUUCGGAUGCGGACGCCAUCAUCCCAGGAGAGGAAGACCUGUCUGGGUACGACAAUGAAACCCCUCCCCUUAUCUGAGACUGGAGGAGGCACCGGAGAGUCCAGAUCCAGAUUCUCCACAGAGUAUGCUUUUUAAUCCAGGGCUAUGUUUACGCUCUGUUGGGGAAAUGUGUCAUUAUGGUAUAUGGUACAAUGGGCAGAGGUGAAUUGAAGUAUACAGUACAGGAUGUCUUUGGCAGUUUCUCUCAGGUAAACUGCUCAAGCAUAAUGCCAUAUAUAUAUAUAUAUAUAUAUAUAUAUAU